UCAACUUUUCCUCUGCCGUCUUACACAACGUCCGAAACCCUGGCAGAGAACACAAGAUGAAGCGUCUACUCACAGUGGUGCUGCUGACCGUGUGUGCUGCGGCACCUGAAGAUCUCACCGGAAAAAUGUUCAGCUUUCCACAGGAGACUAAAACGGACCAUGUAAAGCUGAUCACACCAAGAGAAGAAUUCAAAGCCAUUACUGUCUGUCUCAGGUCCUUCACAGACCUCAGCAGAAACCACGGCCUGUUCUCUCUGGCAACUCCUGCCUUCGCCAAUGCCUUCCUGAUCUUUAAGAAGAGUGCCUCAGACCAGAUAGAGAUGAACAUCAGGAAUAAAGGCAUAAGCUUCUUCGGACAGGAAUACAAGCUGAACACCUGGCAGUCUGUCUGUACGUCCUGGGAUGGAGCUAAUGGCCUGGUACAGGUUUGGAUCGAUGGAAAGCCUAGUGCCAGACGAUACUGUUCUGAUGGAACCAUAACGGGACACGCUUUGAUCAUGUUAGGACAGGAGCAGGAUUCCCAUGGCGGCGGAUUUGACCCUCAGCAGACCUUCGUCGGCAUGACAACGGACGUCCAUAUGUGGGACUUUGUCCUCUCUCCCUGUGAGAUCCAGCGCUUUGUGGAUGACCUUAACUUCUCCCCAGGCAAUGUGAUUAACUGGAGAGCCCUUGAGUACCAGAUUGUAGGGAAAAUAAUUUUGGAAAACAAACAGGGCGCGUGUUCAUGUCUAAUUAAAAAGAAGGUGUCGAAUAUGUUUGGUCAGUCCUGUCAGGCUUGAGGGAUAUUAACCAAACGUGUCGGCAAUCAAUGUAAAAUGAUUGUUCAUGACAUGAGAUUGAUAUAAAUAAAGGUGUAAAUGCCUCUGCUAAAUGUGCUCUGUCGGCUGUUUCUUG